AUGCGCGAGUUGGAAUUUGACAUCCACAGUGGACACUAUUGGGGUGCAAUCAUUGCAAUGCCCAACGCGACCAAUCAUUUCGAUACGGCUGUGCACGAUGGGAUCAAGCAGGCCGAAGACUUGGUUCGUUAUAUAUACAAUGAGGUCAGGUGGGUGACGGUUGCUGAAAGUUACAUUCUUCCGUCGUUGACGGCUACUGUCAACGGGCUGAAUAGUUGCUUUUCUCGAAAUGUGACCGCUCCCCGUCUUGCGGACGAGACGUUGUCUUUGGCCUCAACCCGUGUUCUUCUAGAUGGCAUCCAGGCAAGUCCGAUCAAUAUCAAAGCCUUUAUCAUUGGGAUGAGGCCAUUCUUAAACACGGUUGGCAUGGUGUUUCCAAUCCUACUGGCAUUCUUCUUCAUUAUGGCAAUGGGGGGAAUCGCACAACCUUCCGCAUGGUAUCAGUCAGAUCGCAUUCUUUCGCGAUACCUCAAUCGAAUUUUAUUGUCGCUUCUCUACUCCUGCGUCGUUGGCAUCUCGUGGGGCUUGUGGCUUGAAGUCUACAGAGAAGAUUUCGCUAUCACAGGAGGCCAAUACUGCCUGGUCUGGCUCAUUUAUUGGAUUUAUACAUUCAUCGCCUUUGAGGUCCUAGAUACCGCUGCAGCCUUUGUCCCUAUGCCCUUUCUACCUCUAUGUGUUCUGACUUAUGUCAUUAUUAAUGUGGGGGCCUCUGUCUUCCCAAUCGACAUCAAACCAACGUUUUACCAUCUCGACUAUAUCUGGCCGAGCUAUAACUGCUUUGAGCUGCUGAUCUCAGUACUUUCGGAUGGCUCUACCUCUCGGGUGUAUCGGAAUGUCCCCGUCCUCUUUGGGUGGCUUUUUGUUUGGAUGCCCCUGGGCUUCAUGGCCAACAGAAAAAGAUGUCGAAUGGCCCAGUAG